UUCUACUGCCUCAAGCAGAAGCAAUGGCCGCCAAGCUUUCUCAUCAUCUAAUUUCCGAAGCUUUCUUUCUCUUCCUUGUAGUUCAAGCUUUGGUGGUUAAGUCUGAAAUCCAAUUUUCCAACUCCCUCCAAUUUCUACAGGGAGCUCAAAAGGGAUACAAAGUUAAAGGGCUUAAUCAAGUCAAGCAAUACUUCAAGACCUUUGGCUAUUACCCUAAUCACAUCAAUCUCACUGAUGAUUAUGACGCCUCGUUGGAAUCCGCCCUCAAAAAAUAUCAAAAAAAUUAUCGUCUCGAGGUAUCAGGGAGAUUCGACCCUGAUACCAUCAAAGAAAUGUUAAUCCCUAGAUGUGGUGUUGCUGACAUUUUUAACGAGUCAAAUUUUGAGUAUGACAAGCUUGACAUGGUACCUAAUUAUACCUUUUUUGAUGGGAUGCCUAAAUGGAGCAAGCGUCAACUCACCUACACUUUCCGUUCCAGUGCAACAGUGAUCAGCGUUCAACAAUUGAGGCCUAUCAUCGCAAGGGCUUUCGAGAAAUGGGCAGCUGUUUCUCAAUUCACAUUUCAAGAGGCACCGACAUUCACCCGAGCCGAUAUCGUGAUCGGGUUUCACCGCCGCUUUCAUUGGGAUAGCUAUCCUUUCGACGGCCCGGGAAACGUUUUGGCUCAUGCUUUUGCACCGCAAGACGGAAGGUUUCAUUAUGAUGCAGAUGAGAACUGGAGCACUAAUCCCACCACAAUGAACCAAAUUGAUGUGGAAUCCGUAGCUGUGCAUGAAAUAGGACAUCUUCUAGGCCUUGGACAUAGUCAGGAUCCGAAUGCGAUUAUGUUCGCUUUAUACAUGCCCGGAACCAUCAAAAGGAAUCUAGGCCAAGAUGAUAUUGAUGGCAUACGAGCUUUGUAUAGCUAGUACGGAAAUGAGCUUUCCUAAUGAUGGGGAGUUGAAUUUCUUUCACGGGCUGAGACGGAUUAAGAUUUUCUUUUUUUUCUCCAGUUGUAUCUUUUUUAAUACAGUAACAAUCUUUCCUUUCAUAA